AUGACGCUUGUACCAGGCGCUGGUCUAUUUGGACUUGGCGCAUACGCGUUCUCGACAAUUGCGCCUCUCUGGGCGUUUGCCUUCUUUGGUCCAUUGAUCCGACAUUACUGUCCAGAUGGAUUCACCCUUGCGGAAUUUGUUCGCCGUCGCUUUGGCUGGGUCAUUGGCAUUUUCAGUGCAAUGGUGUUUAUUGGGUUCAUGUUUUGCUUCAUGAUUGUCGAAUUGAACACUUACAGCGUCAUUGUCCGCUCAAUCCAACCCGACAUUAGCAAAGUGAUUCCACCACUUAUCAUUGCGCUCACGACGACGAUCUACACGACAUAUGGUGGUUUCAAAGCGUCCCUGUGGACGGACAACUUUAAUGCGAUCGUUGUCAUUGUGUUCAUUAUCAUUGGUGCCGUCAUGUUUGGCAAGCGUCUCGACAUCGACAAAGAUUUAAUGCAUGAUAGUGGCAUGCUUGGAGCGCAUCGACUCGGUGGCGAGCUUUGGUACAUUCUAACAAUCUCGAUUAUUUUUUCGCAAAUGUUCAACCAGGGCUUCUGGCAGCGUGCGUUUGCUUCCAAAACGAAUACUGGUCUGUACCUGUCGGUGGCCAUGGCGACCAUACCGUUAUUUGCUAUCUGCUUCUUGGUGGGCAUGGCUGGACCCCUCGCUUACUGGUCGCAUGUCCAGCCGCCACUCAACACCAGCACUGAAGACACCUCCCUCUAUGAUGACGGCUCCAAUGCUUUGUUCAGAGCCUUGCUAUACAUGCCAAAGUGGGUACAUGGCCUGGUUCUCGUGUUGACGGGUGUGCUCUCCUCAAGUGCGUACGACACAUUUCAGUCGGCCAUGAUCAGUGUGAUCGAGAGUGAUUUGCUGUUAAGUCGUGUCAACAUCUGGUGGUGCAGAUUGAUCCUUAUCAUGUUCAAUGUACCCUGCGUCGCGCUAGCUGUUAUUGAUAUUGAUAUCCUGCAAGUGUUCCUGGUAGCUGACUUGGCUGGCUUGGCGGUGAUUCCGUCGGUGUUUUUGGGCUUGGCGCCCCGCCUUGAUGUGUUGAAUGGCUUUGAUCUCGUGGUCGGUGGUUGUGGCGGAUUCCUCACUGUGUUUGUGUUUGGUACGAUCUACUACAACGGCGAUGCAAUAGAGGGCGGGCAGUUGAUUGGAUUGCCGAACGGGUUGUAUGGCGAUCCUGAUGACUACAGCGUCAUUGGUGCCUUCCUUGCAGCCCCGCUCGGUGGCAUGGGAUUCACUCUUGCAUCCUGUGGUACGCGGAUCCUCUUAGGUUGGUUGUACGCCCGGAUCACAAAUACUCCUUUCACCAUGCUUCGGAAGCGUGACUUUCAUAUCCAGGACUACGUCAUUGAGUCGGAUCGCCCCGAGUCGUUCUUCGACAAGAUCAGGAAUCCUCAAGACGGACAUCGACUCGACGCGGACCCGCCAGAGCGCACUGCGAAUGAGAUCGAGUUCAAUUCUAAACUGCAUGCGGCUACGCCACACGUCAUCCGGCAUGUCUUGGGCCGCAUGGGAUUAUUUCCUGAACGCGCCAAUAACAGUCAGGGGCAAGUCGACGAGGCUCCUGCAGGCGGCCUUGAUGAAAAGAAUCUGGAGAAGGAAUCGCCCUUCGACUCGGAUGAGGAGGCAUCCCUAGAGCACAAGCAGGUACUAUCGAGAUCACCAGAGUCGCCAGGGCAAAUGCCGGCCUCGAAUGAGACAACGGGGUCGAACCCUUCACCCACACAGGAUGCGGCACAAAAGGUUGUGAUCAUGCCGCCACCAAACCGCUGGUAA